AUGUGGUUUUCCAGUACGAAAGAUGAGGAUAUCGUGAUCAACAACCAGCUCGAGUCAGUUUCGGAUUCGGAAUCUCUCGACCACGAAAAAUCGUCUUUACCCUUGAAAAGAGGGUUCAAAGACCGCCAUAUUUCGCUUUUGGCGCUUGCUGGUAUCAUCGGCCCCGGAAUUUUGGUUGGUGCUGCCCUUCCGACUUCAAAUGGACCCCUAAGCUUGCUUAUUGGCUUUGGUGUGAUUGGUUUGAUUGCGUUUUCCAUGAUGCAAAGUUUAGGUGAGCUAGCCACACUUUAUCCGCUGGGGAAUGUGUUUUCCACAUUAGGGAAUAAAUUCAUGGACAGGGCAAUAGGUGGCACGAUAGGAUGGAACUAUGCAAUUAUUUGGAUCGCUGUUUUGGCUAACGAGUACAAUACAGUGGCAGCAAUCAUGCAGUUUUGGGGGCCGCAGGUUCCCCUCUACGGCUACAUCUUAAUUUUCUGGUUUGCGUUUUUGGCUUUCCAAUUUCUUGGUGUGGCGAGUUUCGGUGAAGCAGAAUAUUGGUUGGCGCUUUGCAAGAUUGUCGGCAUCGUGGCGUUUUAUCUUUUCGCCAUAAUUUACGCAUCAGGCGGUGUUAAGGGGCAUAAAGCCUUUGGAUUUGAGUACUGGCACAAUCCUGGAAGCUUGUCUAAUGGAUUCAAGUCAGUCGUCAGUACUUUCGUAUUUGCUUCGACUUUCUACUCCGGAACAGAGUCUAUUGCUAUUGCUGCUAGCGAAGCAAGAAACCCAUCAAGGGCGCUUCCCAAAGCUGUCAGACAGACGUUUGUCCGUAUUUUGGUCAUUUAUAUGGGCAUUGCUUUCUUCUACGGCUUGACAGUGCCUUACAACGAUCCAAAUUUGACAGAAGGUAACAAAACCAUAAAGUCACCAAUGACUGUGGCCAUCAAACGAGCAGGCUGGGACGGAGGGGCUCAUUUGGUUAACGCAUUCAUUUUGUUAACCUGCGUUUCUGCUAUCAACAGCUCUAUCUACAUUGGGUCUAGAACAUUGACCCAUUUAGCCAACGAAGGUUCUGCUCCACGUAUUCUAAGCAGAGUAAACGGCAGAGGUGUUCCUUAUUUUGCUGUUAUUUUGUUCAAUCUUUUUGGCCUAAUUUCCUUGAUGAACGUGAAAACUGGUGCUGCCAAGGCUUAUCUGUACAUUGUGAAUCUCUCAGGUGUCGCUGUCUUCAUUGUGUGGGGUGCAGUAAAUGUGUAUCACCUUCGGUUCCGGAAAGCGUGGAAGUUGCAGGGCCGCAGCUUGGAUGAAUUGCCAUUUCGUGGUAUGUGGUUUCCGUACCUUCCCAUUUUUGGAGUAGUAAUCAACGUAUUCUUGGGGUUGAUUCAAGGAUGGUCUACAUUCAAGCCUUUUUCCGCUAAAGACUUUGUUGAUGCUUACAUAUUGCUACCUUUUUCCCUUGUGUUGUUUUUGUUUUUGAAGUUCGUAAACAAAACCAAGUGGAUAUCCCUCGAUCAAGUUGAUUUGGAUGAAGGCCGAAGAAAAGAUUUGGACUAG